UACAGUAGCUGUGACAGCUUUUACAAUCCUGAGCAGCACCAGCAUGGCCGGCUCAAAAGCUCUUGAAGAUGUUCCACACCUGAGGAUUGUGCUUGUUGGGAGAACAGGAGUUGGGAAGAGCGCAUCAGGAAACACCAUCUUAGGAAGAAAAGCUUUUGAAUCUAUAGCUGCUUUUUCUUCAGUGACAGUAGGGUGUCAGAAAAUAACAGAUCAGGUAGACUGUCAGAUCCUGGAUGUUGUUGAUACUCCAGGACUGUUUGACACUGAUAUACCUGAAGAGGAGGUGAAGAAAGAGGUUGCCAGAUGCAUCUCCUUUGCUGCUCCUGGUCCUCACGUGUUCCUGAUCGUCGUCCAGAUCGGCAGAUUCACCAAAGAAGAACAACAAACAGUGAAAAUCCUGCAGAAGAUCUUUGGAGAAGAAGCAGCAGAUUAUACUAUGGUGCUGUUCACACAUGGAGAUGAUGUGGACAAUGAAGCUAACAUAGACAAAUUGAUAAAUAGAAGUCCGUCUCUGAGUGGCUUCAUCCAACAGUGUGGAGGAAGAUAUCAUGUUUUUAACAACAAAAUCAAAGAUCCCUCUCAGGUCAGAGAGCUGCUGGAGAAGAUCAAGACAAUUGUUCAGAGAAAUGGAGGAAAAUGUUACACCAAUGAGAUGCUGCAGGAGGCUGAGAGAGCUGUCAGAGAAGAGCAGGAGCGACUUCUGAGAGAAAAUAUAGCGAUGGAAGAGCAGGAAGCAAGAAGGCGUGCAGAGAAAAAGAACAAGUUCCUGAAGGGGGUGGGGAUCGGGGCGGGAGUGGGAAGUUUGCUUGGUCCACUGGGAGCAGCUGUGGGAGCAGCAGUGGGAGCUACAGCUGUAGCCGUGAAAGAGAAAGACUGUGUUACUCAGUGAAUUUGAUCCCAUGACAACUUCCACCAACCUGCUCUGACUAUAUCAUGCUGUCCAUCCAGUGAUCAGCUUUGUCAGCUCACUAAUGAUUUGCAGUUAUUGAUGAUUAAUGGGAUACAAGAAUAGUUUAGUCCACAACAAUCAGUACGUCUAUUGUAUAUAAAAGUUUUAGAUGACUCUGUGUCCACACUGAUCUGCUGACUAUCAGGUGUGUUCCUGGGUAAUAAACACCUGUCUCUGAUCUCACACAUCAAACACUUCUUCAAACUGCACUGCAGAGACAUGGAAAUUAUCCUGGGCCAUGUCUCUGGGGUGGUAGACUAUGCAGAGACUCCCACACUUCUUCUCCCAGCUACCUCCUCCAGGUAGUCUGGAGGGGGAAACUGAAGCAUUCUCAAGCCAGUCGAACCACCUCAGCUGGCUCCUUUUGAUGUGGAGGAGCAGCAGCUGUACUCUGAGCUCCUCCUGAAGCUCAUUUCUGCUGCUUGUAUCUGUGAUGUCAGAGCUUGUGACCACAGGUGAGCGUAGGACCGAAGGCACACCAAUCUUCAGCACAACUGACUGGUACAUCAUCCUUGCUGAUAAUUAAAGCAUGUGCUAAUGUGGAAAACUGAUAAAGAGCAUUAUAAAUUUUGACUUUUGAGAGGUGAGGAGUACAUUCAUCAUAUGUUUACUGUAUUUUCUGGUUAAAGUGUCUAAACAAGUAACAAGCCUCAGUCUGAGUCUGUGGCUGGGAGAUGUGGACUGUUAGAAGACCUCUACGUCCUUCUGAGAUGGACAACAGCUAAUGAUUCUUCUUCCAUUUACAACACUCCUGAAAAAACAAUGACAACUUUUAAAAAAUCUGAUUCUUCACUGAGCCCUAGAAUCACAACAUAGUCCUGGGUUGAAUCUCCACUGA